UCUCUGUAGUCCCGUUCCGUUUAUGUUCUCACCUGUACGGAAGUGAACAUAAAAGGCUGGGCAGGUAAGAAUGUCUGAACCACGCAGGCACUCAACGUCUUUCCUGCCAGCAGUAACCGCGAGGACCAAUGGGGAUUGCUGUACUUCUGGUCCUGAUUCUUCGGCAUUGGAUCAACAACGUGGAGGGAACAUGUUCGGUUGGCAGCGCAGUGACUUGUGACGAGUGUCUCCAGCUGGGUCCCCACUGUGCAUGGUGCACACAAGAGAAUUUCACAGACUCGUUUUUAAUUAGUGAGCGAUGUGACACGCCGUACGUCCUCCUAGAGAGAGGCUGUGCCCAGGACCUGGUAGAAUUUCCUGUGACCAACUCCGAGGUCCACAAGGACCAGCCUCUCGGGAAGAAAACGGGGAAUACCAACAGCACACAGAUAUCACCACAGAAGAUGMCCCUCAAACUCAGAACUGGCAGUGAGGUGACCUUCCAGAUCAGUGUGCAGCAGACAGAGGACUACCCUGUAGACAUCUACUACCUGAUGGACCUCUCAGCCUCCAUGAUUGACGACCUGGAGAUGAUUAAAGACUUGGGCUCCACCCUGUCCAAAGAGAUGGCAAAGCUCACCAGUAAAUUCAGACUUGGAUUCGGGUCCUUCGUUGAGAAACCAGUCCUCCCGUUCAUUAAGAUCACUCCUGGAGAGCUGGAGAACCCUUGUAGGAGUGUGGAUGAGAGCUGUCUGCCAACAUUUGGAUACAAACACGUCCUACCUCUCACCAGCAGCACAGAGAAGUUCAACAAUAUCAUCACCAACCAGCGUGUGUCUGCCAACAUCGACCUGCCGGAGUGUGGCUUCGAUGCCAUUAUGCAGGCUGCUGUCUGUGGAGACAAGAUAGGCUGGAGGAACGACUCCAUGCGCCUGCUGGUGUUUGUGAGCGACGCCGACUCUCACUUUGGGAUGGACAGCAAGAUGUCAGGCAUCGUCGUCCCUAACGACGGGGAGUGCCAUCUGGACAGCAACAAUGAAUACUCUAUGGCUGCCCAUCUGGAAUACCCAACUCUGGGACAGCUGAUGGAUAAACUGGUGGACAACAAUAUCCUGCUUAUAUUCGCUGUGACGGAYAAUCAGAAACACAACUACGAGAACUAUGCACAUUUCAUACCUGGUGCCACUGUGGGGGUUCUGGAAUCAGAUUCAAGGAACAUCCUGGAACUGAUUGUGACGGCGUAUAAAGUAAGAGUCCGAUUCUGUCUGUGGGUGUACAGUGUGUUUGUCAGACCCCCUGGAGAUAGACCUGGAGUCCCUGUGCUCCUGUUGCCUGUCACAGACCCCGAGCCCAACAGCAAGCCACUGCAGCCUGGGCCGUCUCUGGAGUGUGGCUCCUGUCUGUGUAGAUUCCCAGAUCUGGCCAAGGCUUCUUCUGUUCACUCUUUAUCAGGGGACACAAAUAACCCUCCUGUUAAGGCCAGCACUCAACACGUGACAGAUGUUGUGUAUGUGUGUGUGUUCCUCAGGACCUGUGUGGAGUGUCAUCUACAAGCAGAAGACGAGGCCACAGAGGAGUGCGUCCAAAGGUGCAGCGUCCCUCACGUCUUCGUCAACAAUUCCACAGAAUACGACGAGAGCCGGUCCACGCUGUGCACCCUAAUGAGUGAGAACAACUGCUUCAAUCUCGUUCAGCCCCCCAACAUAGCUAUGAUAGUACUGGGGGUCUCUCUGUCCAUCCUCACCAUCGGCCUCAUCCUGCUGGGGGUGUGGAAGCUGCUGAUCUCAGUCCACGACCGCAAUGAGGUCGCCAAGUUUGAGGCCGAGAGGGCAAAGGCUAAAUGGCAGUCGGGUACAAACCCUCUGUUUAGAAGCUCGACAUCAACGUUUAAAAAUGUAACUUAUAAAAGCGCAGGGGGACUGAAAGUUGAUAUUCAUUCAAUGGAUGGCUAUUGAUGAUGACAUCAGUGUGUGUGUGUGUGUGUGUGUGCGCGCGUGCGUGUGCAUGCGUGUGUGUGUGUGUGUGUGUGUGUGUGUGCGUGUGCGUGUGCAUGCGUGUGUGUGUGGUGUAAGGACAAAUUGUAAACACUACAAUGUACAACAUUGUAUCACUCCAAAAGGUCUGGAUCUUCUUCAGGGAUGCUAUCUCAUAUCAGCAGACAGAAAAUGGCAUGUCUAGCUAUGAAUCAUCUCUACAUGAAAUGACUUUGAUUUUGCUGCUCUUAAAGUUGUCUCUGGUACAAACACUCUGCUGAACUGAACACUGGAUUUUCCCAUUUAGAUUGUUACAGAUUUAGGAUCUUAAUUUGAUCACCCCGUUGCAGGAGAACUUUCCUUUCCUGAAAUGUCAAAAUUGUAGUGUAUUU